AUGGCUUUGCCCUUGUCUAAAGGGUCUGCUGCUGAACUGGAUGGGGGUGCUGCUGUUGAGGUGGUGGCUGGGAUGGAGGUGAUGGUGCACAAGUUAUGCAGGGGUUCUGGUACUGUAUAUAAAGGAAGAAUUAGUGAUGGGAUGGAUGUUGCUAGAAAGGUUUUCAAUUUGCAACUAGAUGGAGCAUUCAAGAGUUUUGAUGCAGAGUGUGAGGUAAUGAGCAAUAUCCGCCAUCGCAAUCUUGUCAAAAUUAUAAGUUGUUGCUCUAACAUUGACUUGAAGGCAUUGGUGUUGGAUUACAUGCCAAAUGGGAGCUUGGAAAAGUUGUUGUACUCUCAUAACUAUUGUUUGGAUAUCCUGCAAAGGCUCGACAUAAUGAUAGAUGUUGCAUCAGCAUUGGAAUAUCUUCAUCAUGGCUUCUCUAGACCUAUUGUUCAUUGUGAUUUGAAGCCCAGCAAUGUCCUGCUAGAUGCAAAUAUGGUUGCUCAUGUAGCUGAUUUUGGCAUCGCCAAGCUCUUAGGUGAAGGAGAUUCUAUGACACAAACAAGAACCUUGGCCACUAUUGGGAAUAUGGCACCUGAGUAUGGAUCAGAAGGCAUUGUUUCAAUGAAAGGAGAUGUUUAUAGCUUUGGAAUACUGUUGAUGGAAACAUUUAAGAGAAAGAAGCCGACUGAUGACAUGUUUGGUGGAAGAAUGAGCUUGAAGGAAUAUAUAAAGGAAGCAUUACCUGAUGCAGUAGUUGAAAUAGCAGAUGCUAAUUUGCUGACAGGGGAAGAAAAUUUUGCAGAUAAGAAAGACGGUGUAUCAUUCAUUUUGGGAUUGUCUGUGGAAUGCUGUGUUGAAGUUCCUGAUGAGAGAAAUGGCAUAACCCAAGUGCUGUCAACACUCGUUACCAUCAGAACUCAAUUCUUAGCUACUUUAGCAAAGACUAAUGAGAUUGGACGAUAG